GACGAACACCUUUAAUCCCAGCACUCAGGAGGCAGAGGCGGGUGGAUCUCUGGGUUUGAGGGCAGCCUGGUCUACAAAGUGAGUCCAGGACAGCCCGGGCUACAUAGAGAAACACUGGCUUAGGAAAAGAAUGAAAGAGAGAAAAAAGAAAGGGAGGAAGAAAAAGAUUGCCUCCACGUUUACCUAGCUUUACUCCCAGUUAUUUUUUUCUCUGCAAGUCUGUGCAAACCAAUGCCAGGAAUAAUGUUGUCGUGUUUGCUUUAUAGGUCAUGGAAAGUACCCAGGUGAUACGCUGGGAUGCUGAGGAGGAGGCGGAGACAGAGCUAUCCAGUGUUUCGUUGGGUUAUAGCCUGGAGCCUGUAGGGCGGCUCCGGCUCUUCAGUGGUACUCAUGGACCAGAAAGAGAUUUCCCACUCUACCUUGGCAAGAAUGUAGUUGGCAGAAGCCCUGACUGCUCUGUGGCCCUGCCUUUCCCAUCCGUCUCCAAACAGCAUGCCGUGAUUGAAAUCUCAGCCUGGAACAAAGCCCCUGUCCUCCAGGAUUGUGGGAGCCUCAAUGGCACUCAGAUCGUAAGGCCUCCUCGGGUCCUGACCCCUGGAGUGAGCCAUCGUCUGCGGGACCAGGAGUUGAUUCUGUUUGCAGACUUUCCCUGCCAGUACCGUCGCCUAGACGUCCCACCACCCUUGGUCCCUCGGAGACUUCUUGUAGAGAAGACCCCCAGAGUGCAGGGAGGACCCCAGACAGCCGGAGUUUCGUUGGCUGAGGAUUCAGAGGAGGAAGUGGAUUCUUCUGGAAGGUGCGUAGCGAAUGGAUCAAGGAAUACAUCUUCCCCUUCAGUUACAGUAGUUCCAGAAAGUGAUGAAGAGGACUUUUCUCCAGCCCCAAGUGCUCCUGGGCCAUCUUUGCCCUUUGACUUGGGCAGUGACACGGACGAGGAACAAGAUCAGCAACCAGGAGUGGGGGUGUCCUCUUUAGCUCCCAGAAAUGGUGCGCCUGGGGAGGCUGAGCAGCCUGAAGCUCAUGGAAUGUCAACUGGCAUCCAGCUGGUUCAGGCCCAGACUACUGAGCAGAAGUGUAAGGACAUAAAAAUCAAGAGUGAGGCAGGCAAUGGAGUGGCUCUGGCUGGGUCGAUUCUGGAGAAGAGCCCCACUCUUGGGGAGGACAGUGACACAGAUGUGGAGGAAGAGACCCCACCUGUACUUCCUGUGACAAAGCAAGUCCUUGGUACAAGAGACUCUAGAGCACCUGGUGAGGCACGUCUGCAGGACAGCCCAUCUGGCAGUGAUGCAAAUGUGGAGGGCAAGACUGUACCAGCUGUCCCUCCAGAGAGAAGCCACACAGCCAUGGUGAUCAACAGUGACACAGAGGAGGAGGAGGAGGAGGUGUCAGGAGCACUCACCUUGGCCCGUCUGAAAGAGAGAGGGAUUGCUUUGUGGAGCAGAGACCCAAGCAUGGAGGAAGUCAAGUCCCAACCACAGGUCCUUGUAGAACGAAGUGAGAGUGUUUCUGGGAGAGACAGUGACACAGACGUGGAGGAGGGACUCUCAGGGGAAAAGAGGAAAGUUGUCCCUGACAGCCCCAUGGAUGUAGAUGAGGCUCCUGUUAUCACACGUGCAGAGAGCCAGCCUCCCCAUGGACCCAGUGAUGUAGAUGAGGACAUGGAUAUGAGCUCCCCUGGCAGCCAUCUACAGGGAAAUCAGUCUUCCUCUGCCGUGGGAGACAAGAGUGCAGUAAAAGUGGAGGAGGAAGUCCCGCCAGAGCCCUCUGUUACCCCGGGGGAGAAGCACCAGGUGCCUCUAGAGGAAGCCCGGGAAACAGCUGUGGAGGAAGGCUCAUCUUUAGCAGGGGCAGGUGUAAGCAGGAGCCAGCAGCCAGGAGCACAAGAAGCUGGGACAGAGUGGGCUGCAGCUGUGUCCGAGCAGGAGCAUGCUCUUGAGGUGGGGGUCCAAAGCAGGUCACCUGCGGCCCCCAUGGAACAGGUGGCAGUGGACACAGAUAACUCAGGGAGUCCCACCCUGCCACAUAGAGAGAUUGCCCAGACCGUGAAGGCCAAAGACUGCUGUGAUGAACCUGAAGACCUGUGCCUUCCAGCUACCCAGUGCUUUGUGGAAAGGGAGAGCCAGAACCCAGAGGCUGUGCAGAGUUUGGAAGAUGAACCCACCCAAGUCUUCCCGUGUACUCUUCCCCAGGAGCCUGGGCCUUCCCAUCUCAGCCUUGAGACUCCAGGUCCAGGUACCUUGGAUGCACCUUGGGAAGUGUUGGCUACACAGCCAUUCUGUCUAAGAGAACAGACGGAGGCCUCUGAGCCCCAGCUCACUGCUGCCCACCCUGAAGCUCAUGGAUCUCAUCCAUCUCUACCCAGGGCGCCACCAGGACAUCUGGUUCACACAGAGCUGUUGAGAAUUGAAGGCAGAGAGAUACAGACUGUGGAAAAAGCCAUGGGCCACUUGAGUUGCCAGACAUCAUCUGCUGGAAAGGCUUCCAGGGGUGAUGCAGAGCCUGUGCCCCAGCGCCUGUUGUCUCCAGUGCCUGAAGCUUCAGCUCCGCCACAGAGUCUCCUCACCUCUCAGAGCCAAAAGCAGCCUCCACUUUCAGCCUCUUCCCCUUCUGAGCUACAGCUUCCUGAGGCUCUUCACUCAAAGCCUAGUGCCAGGCCACGGCGGUCAUCCAGGACGGCUGCCCGCCCCACAGACCAACCUGCUGCCCCUAGACCAACAUCUCGGGGCAGGGCAAGUAGGUCCUCUACGAGGACCCCAGAACUGAAUGUCCCUACAGACCCUGAGCUCCAGCCUCCCACCUCCACAGAACAGCUUGUCACCCCAAACGCUACACCUGAGGCCACUCCACAUAGGUCUUCCAUCAAGACCCCAGAAUCACUUAUCCCCACUGGCCCUGAACUCCAACCUCCAACCUCCACAGAACAAUCUGUCGUACCUAAACCCACAUCUCGGGGCAGGCCACGUAAGUCUACUAUCAGGACCCCUGAAUCAAUUGCCCCCACUGGCCCUGAACUUCAGCCUCUCACCUCUACAGAACAGCCUGUUAUCCCUAAACCCAGGGCCACUUGUGGCAGGCCAAGUAAGUCUUCUAUCAGGACCCCAGAACCGGUUGUCCCCACUGGCCCUGAACUCCAGCCACCCACCUCCACAGAACAGCCUGUCACCCUUAACCUCAAAUCUCAGACCUCUCGGGGCAGGCCAAGUAAGUUUAUCAGAACCCCAGAGCCAGUUGUCCCCACUGGCCCUGAACUCCAGCCUCCUACCUCCACAGAACAGCCUGUCACCCCUGAGCCCUCAUUUCAGGUCAAGACACGCAAGUCUUCUGUCAGGACUCCUGAAGCAAGUAUCCCCACAACCCCUAAACUCCAGCCUUGUACUUCUAAAGAACAGCAUGCCCCCACGCCCAGAGCCCGGGGCACUCGGGGAAGGACACGUAAGUCCUGCACUGAAGAGUCAGAAUCAGCUGGCCCAGUAGCCCCUGAUUUUGAGCCUCCUACCUAUACAGACCAUCUCACCACCUCGCCUGAGGCGACAACAGGCCAAAGCAUAACUCUACAGUCCUCACCCCUAAAUGUUUCCUCAGUUUCCACUACCCAGCCAUCUGUCCCCACAGCCCAGCCCGUUCCCCUGGAGACUGUUCCUCAAGGCAGUCACCAAAGGAGGCGGAGGGCUGCUAGGAAGCAGGGCUCCCACACAGGUCCUGUUGGCCACAAGGCUUACUCUGCAUCUUCAGAACUUGAGCCCCAAUCCUCAGCCAGCCAAAGCUCAGGGGCAUCAGAAGCAGCUGAGUCAAAUACAACCACUCUGGAGCCUGCCAUUUCCCUAGACCAAAAGGAAGUAGGUAGGAGAUCUCGGCUCAUUCCCAAAACCCAGCCUGAGGCUUCUCAAGUCCGCAAGAAGCCUUCCAGUACCACAGACUCGCCCCUUCAAAAACGUCCCGCAAGACAAGUCCCCCAGAAGACAGUCAUCAAGGAAGAAAGUCCUGCAGAAGAAGCACCAGUGAAGGAGGAGCCUCAGGAGAGAGCAGUUACAGCACCAGGCAAGAGAAAGAGAGACCAUGCAGAGGAUGAGAGCCAGGGAAACCCAAAUCGAGGUCGGCGAAGUAAACCUAACCAAGAAGCAGCAGUCCCCAAGGUCCUGUUCACAGGAGUCACGGAUUCUCGCGGAGAGCGUGCGGUGCUGGCUCUGGGCGGCAGUCUGGCCAGCUCAGUGAAUGAGGCCUCCCACCUGGUCACGGAUCGCAUCCGAAGGACAGUCAAGUUCUUGUGUGCCCUGGGGAAGGGGAUUCCCAUCCUCUCCCUGAACUGGCUGUAUCAGUCCCGAAAGGCUGGUUGCUUUUUGCCUCCUGAUAAGUACUUGGUGAUUGAUCCUGAACAAGAGAAGAAUUUUAGCUUCAGCCUUCGGGAUUCCCUGAGCCGGGCUCGGGAACGAAGACUACUGGAGGGCUAUGAGAUUCAUGUAACCCCCGGAGUGCAGCCACCCCCACCUCAGAUGGGAGAGAUCAUCAGCUGCUGUGGAGGCACCGUCCUGCCUAGCAUGCCCCGUUCCUACAAGCCUCACCGAGUCAUCAUAACUUGCCCUGAAGACCUUGCUCGAUGCACUGUUCCAUCUCAGCUGGGGCUGCCCCUCCUGUCUCCUGAGUUCCUCCUCACUGGAGUGCUGAAGCAGGAAGCCACACCAGAGGCCUUUGUCCUUUUCAAAUUGGAAAUGUCAUCUAAUUAAAGAAAAUCUACCUCUACCCUCUCAGACCAGCAAACAGUCCUAGAAAACACUCAAAGAGGAACAUGCACAGACACAAUUAGACCACACAAGAUGGCCCACAACUUUAAUCUCAACACUUGGGAGGCAGAGGUAGGCAGAUUUUAUGAGUUCCAGGACAGCCAGAGCUACAUAAUGAGACCUAAUUAAAAAACAACAACAACAAA